GCACACCUGGGCACACCUGACCCCCCCGUGUCCCCCCAGCUGUGGCGGCAGGGGAAGGGUGAUUUCUUCCUGGGCUGUCUCCUGAUGGCCGAGCUCAGCACCCCCUUCGUGUGCCUCGGCAAGGUCCUCAUCCUGCUGCGUCGUCAGCACACGGCCCUUCACAAGCUGAACGGGGCGGCCCUGCUGGGGACGUUCCUGCUGUGCCGGGUGCUGCUCUUCCCCUACCUGUACUGGGCCUACGGGCGCCAGCGCGGGCUCCCCCUCUGGGCCGUGCCCGGGGCGCUGCCCCCCCUCUACAACGCGGCCGCCGCCGCCCUCCUCGCCCCACAACUCUACUGGUUCGGCCUCAUCUGCCGCGGGGCCUGGAGGACCUUCCGGGGAGGGGGAGGGGGGGCCAAACCCCCCUGA